AUGAGGCAACACUACUGCCUAGUUGGGCAAAAAAUCCGGACCUGCGGAGAACAGAUUCUCUUUCCAUUUCGCUUUGUCCCUACUUUCUUGCCGCAGCCAAUUCCACUCGGCCUCGGCCCGCGAGCUAGUCUCAGCCUCUGCUCGGCUCAACUCUCUCUCCGCACCCGCUUGUGGCCCUUGCCAGCCGACCCAUUAUCUCUCUCUCCCCUUAUCACUCUUGCUCUCUUUGCCUCCACCGGAAUACACAAACAGUUCAGUUGUAUUCUGCACUCGUCUCAGUCUCAUAAUCUGUCUGCGGAGAGAUGGCGUGUCAUCUGCCUCAACUGCAUCUCACACUUUUCACUCACUCUCAAUUUUCCCAAUUCUCCCAUCCUAGCCUGCCUCUUGUGGGAGUUGACUCUUCAGUCCGAGCCACUCUAUCCGCAAUCCUGCUGGUCUGUGUGUAUGAGUUCAGCCUUUCAGCCGUGCCUUCGGCGGCCGGACAACCCGGCCUAUUCCCAUACAGAGGCCAGGGAAAAAGCUGGACAUACAGAAUUGCAUAAGCUCUCGCAUGCGUCUAGAGACAUGAGGAUAGACAAACGCCCCCUACUCACAGAUCUCGAGACGUCAAAGCACAUUUUUCUUCUCUCGCCCCCAUUCACAGGCUGCGAUUGCACGGGCUUGGCUGCCUCGCUCUCUUCUUCAGCCUCUCCUCCUCCUCCUCCUCCCUCUCGUUUGCCUCAUCCUCGUCUACUCUAG